CCGCCGCCCCCACUGCCCCUUUCCGGUGUGCCCUGCAGUCUUCAUCACACCCUCUGAAGCGGUCACUUUCGCCGGCUGUCUCCAGAGGGCGCCGGGACUAGGCCGGCAGGGGGGGUCUCCUCGCACCUUGCAGCCUCCCAGUCAUUUCUUGGAGGACUUUGACCCCCACAGUUAGUCUUGUUUCUUUCGUGAACGCCACAAAGGCGGGGGAGGGGUGUCAGGUCGGCCCCCCUUCCCGACGUCUCCCAUGCAGCGAGCUUUCCGCAGAGUUGCCCCACUAGCUGUACUGGGUAUCGAGCAAGAAUCUCUCCUCCUAGGACAAAGGAGGGGCCGCUGCUCGGUUCCUGGGCUACUUGGACCGUGAGGUUCGCCCAUCACCGACUCAGCCUGCUGCCUUGCCUAGCCUAGCCAGUGCUUCUCGGUCGCUCCACCUUAAGCAGCAGCGCAGCCGAGUCCCCGCCCAGUGCGGCCCGGUCCGGUCCCGGCAUCCACCGCGCGUCGACGCGGGGCUGCCGAACUAGGGCGGGGCCGGCAGACUAACCAGCUAGAUUUUUGCAGGCCAGACUUUACGGCACCAGGUCCCGGAGCCAUGGAGCCCCGGGCGGUUGCGGAUGUAGUGGAGACUGGAAAGGAAGAUGUGAUUGCAGAAGCUCUGAGAACAUACAACCAGGAGCAUUCGGAGAGCUUCACCUUUGACGAUGCCCAGCAGGAAGAUAGAAAGAGACUCGCAAAGCUGCUGGUGUCUGUCCUGGAGCAGGGCUUGCCACUUUCACACCGUGUCAUCUGGCUGCAGACUGUCCGAAUCCUGUCCCGGGACCGGAGCUGCCUGGCUCCAUUCACCAGCCGCCAGAGUCUGCACGCAUUAGCCUCUUAUGCUGACAUAUCUGCCUCUGAGGGGUCCCUCCCAGAGGCCUUUGACAUGGAUGUCAUGCUUGAGUCCCUUAAGUGCUUGUGCAACCUUGUCCUCAGCAGCCCUGUGGCACAAGCACUUGCUGCGGAGGCCCGCCUGGUGGUGAAGCUUAUAGAACGUGUGGGGUUGUAUGGCAAGAGAAGCUUCCCCCAUGAGGUGCAGUUCUUUGACCUGCGGCUCCUCUUUCUGCUAACUGCACUACGCACUGAUGUGCGCCAGCAGCUGUUUCAGGAGCUGCAUGGUGUACAUGUGUUGACUGAUGCACUGGAACUGACGCUAGGAGUGACUUCUAAAGAGAGUCCCCCUGAAGUCCUUCCUCCCCAAGAGACUGAGCGAAUCAUGGAGAUCCUCAAAGUGCUCUUCAACAUCACCUUCGACUCUAUCAAGAGGGAGGUAGAGGAGGAAGAUGCUGCCCUUUACCAGUACCUGGGGACCCUUUUGCGGCACUGUGUGAUGAUUGCUGCUGCUGGAGACCGCACAGAGGAGUUCCAUGGCCACACCGUGAAUCUCCUAGGGAAUUUGCCCCUCAAGUGCUUGGAUGUCCUUCUCACCCUGGACCUACACGAAGGCUCUUUGGAGUUCAUGGGAGUGAACAUGGAUGUGAUCAGUGUCCUCCUCGCCUUCCUAGAGAAGCGCUUAAAUCAGACCCACAGGCUGAAGGAGAGUGUGGCUCCUGUACUAAGUGUGCUGACUGAGUGUGCCCGCAUGCACCGUCCAGCCAGGAAGUUCCUGAAGGCCCAGGUGUUGCCACCCCUGCGGGAUGUAAGGACUCGGCCAGAGGUGGGAGAGCUACUUCGGAACAAGCUGGUGCGCCUUAUGACACACCUAGACACAGAUGUGAAGAGGGUAGCUGCAGAGUUCCUCUUUGUCCUGUGCUCUGAGAGUGUGCCCCGGUUCAUCAAGUACACAGGCUACGGGAAUGCUGCUGGCCUUCUGGCUGCCAGGGGCCUUAUGGCAGGGGGCCGGACUGAGGGGCAGUACUCGGAUGAUGAGGACACAGACACAGAUGAGUACAAGGAAGCCAAGGCCAGCAUCAACCCAGUGACUGGCAGGGUAGAAGAGAAGCCACCCAACCCUAUGGAGGGUAUGACAGAGGAACAAAAGGAGCAUGAGGCCAUGAAGCUGGUGAACAUGUUUGACAGGCUGUCAAGGCACCGAGUCAUCCAGCCCAUGGGCAUGAGUCCCCAGGGUCACCUCACAUCCCUGCAAGAUGCCGUGUGUGAGACCAUGGAGGGGCAGCUCUCCUCAGACCCGGAUUCUGACCCUGACUGAGGAUGGUAGUUCCUCUGCUCCACCUUCAGAAUUGGUGCUGCUUCCAGAGACAUCCUUGGGGCGGCAGCCUUGGGAAGCCCAGCCCUUCUCUAGCUGGAGUCCCUUUCUGUACCCCAAGUUCUGUUUAUGACUUGCCUCUACUCCUAUUUCUUAUCUUGUGGAUUGCAAUAGUCUUGUCCUGCUGUAGCUCUGGGAACUUGGCCCUGGUUUCUACAGGUGAGGCUGGCCUAAGUAGGGAGCAUUUAUGAUAUGAGCCCAUCUGGGGCUGGCACACUGCAUUUCACAGAAGGGAUGUGCUAGAAUUUUACCAGUCCAUACACUGGAUGUCAAGGUAGGCUUCUGUUGUAUUUCCACCAAACAGGGCUACUCAUGCUUCCACAUUUCCCUUGGUCCUGCCUUAACCACCCAUUACAGUAUCCACAUACCCAUGUUCUCACUGGCUAUGACAUUGUCAAUUGAAGAAUACCAAUCCUACUCACUGGUUCAGGCUGAAUACUUGUAUGAAGGAAAAUGACCCUACUGAGACCGUAAGAUGAAAUCUUGAGAUUUCUAAGAGUCAUGGAAACAUCCUAGAAUAAAGAGUUUUCAGCAAGA